GAUAAGGCUUGCAGUGGUGAAAUAAACACGCCUGAGCUCAGGCGCAGCUUUUAUUACACAAUUCUGACUCUUUUGACGCAUCGGCCGCAUCGCGCACAGGCCUUACUUCAAUUACCCGCACCCGAUUAAUUAAUCCGUGUGAAAUUAUGUCCCGAUCGGCGCAGAUCCAGCCGGCAAGAUGAUGAUUUUACCAGGCUCGGAUCGUGUGCCCGACUCGGUGGUCCUGGUGAUCUUGGUGAUCGCCGCUUCUGCCGUUGGUACCGUUUGCGCCAAGGACACUGCCUUUGUGGAAGUGGUUCUGUUCGAGUCCAGUCCCAAUGGAGAUUAUACGACUUACACGACUGGCUUGCAGGGACGGUUCUCUAAGGCAGGAGCCACUAUCAGCGCGGAGGGGGAGAUCGUUCAAAUGCAUCCUUUGGGACUAUGUAAUAAUAAUGAUGAGGAGGAUCUGUACGAGUAUGGCUGGGUUGGAGUGGUGAAGCUGGAGCAACCUGAGCUGGACCCCAGUUGUCUCACCGUUCUGGGAAAGGCCAAGCGAGCGGUGCAGCGCGGGGCCACGGCUGUCAUCUUUGACGUGUCGGAGAAUCCGGAUGCCAUCGACCAGCUCAACCAGGUUGCCGAGGACCCCCUGAAGCGGCCGGUAGUGUACGUGAAGGGCAACGACGCCGUGAAGCUGAUGAACAUCGUCAACAAGCAGAAAGUGGCUCGUGCUCGGAUACAACACAGACCCCCAAGGCAGCCCACGGAAUACUUCGACAUGGGGAUCUUCCUGGCGUUCUUCGUGGUUGUGUCUCUGGUUUGCCUCAUCCUGCUCAUCAAGAUCAAACUCAAGCAGAGGAGAAGCCAGAGCUCCAUGAACAGAAUGGCCAUACAGGCUCUGGAAAAGAUGGAGACUCGCAAGUUCAAGGCGAAAGGAAAGGGCCAGCGUGAGAUCAGCUGUGGAGCGUCUGAUUCACUGAGCAGCAGCUCCACCUCGGACUGCGCCAUCUGUCUGGAGAAGUACAUCGAUGGGGAGGAGCUGCGAGUUAUCCCCUGUGCACACAGAUUUCAUAAAAAGUGUGUCGAUCCCUGGCUGCUGCAGCAUCACACUUGUCCCCACUGUCGACACAACAUCAUAGAGCAAAAGAAGGGAAAUCCAGGAGCAGUAUGCAUGGAACCUGGCAACCCAGUCCACAGCCGACAAAGGGUGGUGCUGCCGGUCCAUUAUCCUGGCAGGGUACACCGAGCUGGCCAGGUGACUGCCUAUCCAACCAGAACCAGCAUGGAUCCGCACGGCAACGCCAUCACGGUGCUCACUGUGGACCAGCAUCCAGAUCCUCAAGGUCUGUACCCACCCCAAUCCACGUCUGCCUUUCUCCGGAGCUACCACCCCACACUUCACCUGGACCACUCACUAAACCCCCACCACUGUGGAUUAGAGCACCGAGGACCCCCUGCCUACCCAGCACAGCCGCACCACGCUGCUUUUAAGCGACCGAAGUUCCACGGUCGCAACUUUUCACGUGCUGCCUGCUUCUCGCAGUAUGAAACUAUGUACCAGCACUACUAUUUUCAGGGGUUGACUUUCCCUCAACAGCCUGAGGGUGGCCAAGGGCCUGCAGUGGCUGGACACCUUGGUGGAGCAGGGGCCCAUAAGGGCCACCACAGCAGGGCUUUUCAGCAGGGGCUGUUAUACCCCACAGUGGUACACAUGGCACCUGCGUCUUCUUCAAGGAUCGGUGACACUGGCAGUGCUUCUGGCUUAAGCUGUUACCAUGGCCACCGCUCUGUGUGCAGUGGUUACCUUGCUGACUGUCCUGGUAGUGACAGCAGCAGCAGCAGCUCAGGCCAGUGCCACUGUUCCUCCAGUGACUCCAUGUUGGACUGUACCGAGGUCAGCAACCAGGGGGUGUACGGCAGCUGCUCCACCUUCCGCAGCUCACUGAGCAGCGACUACGAUCCUUAUGUCUACCGGAGUAAGAGUCCAUGCAGGGGCUCCGCGGGUGAAGCAGGGGCUGCAGCUUGCACCGCAGUUCCUACUGAGGAUUCAUCUUCCCAUGCUCCCUUGGGACAUGACUGUCUCCAGCUCCCUCCUGGGGCUUCGGGAUAUAAUUCCGGGGACCAUCUCUCCAACUGCAGUUUGGAGCCCAACUACAGCAGUCGCUCAUCACUGGAACCCAGGGAGAACAGCAACACUAGUACUACCUCAGCCGGGGCUCCAGAGGCUGCUGGGGCAGACAGGGUGAAAGGGGCACAGGAGGAGUCGGGGGAGAUUGGGGCCGCAGCCUGUAGCUGCUGCUUUGAGGUGCUUCCUCCCAAUGUGGAGUGCAAAGGGCAGGACUUGGACCAAGCUGGGCCUCUGGCCUCAGGACGGUGUCGCCAAGGGUUGGAAUUUCAGAGCUCCGCCUCAAAGAACUACUUUGCUCCUGAGCACUUAUGCCAUUCUUCAGAGCAGAUGAGCUACGAAGGACUGCCUUGCUGCUUCUACAAAGAGAUGAAGGUUCACAGGACCACAGCAGGGUGCUACACUGAGGACUACGCUGUUAAUGUGCAGUAUGCACAUGCAGACUCAGACGCCUGUACAGGACAGGGCUGCUGUGACCUCAACCAGAGAAUACCCAUAAUUCCUGAGGACACAGAUUGUGAAUUGGGCACAGGGGCAGAGACCAAGAGCAGUUUACUGCCCAUUAGUGUCACGGUAGAGGCGGAAGUGGGAACAGGGGAGCGACAUGAUCCCAGUGAGAGGUACUUCACCUCAGGACAGUUUAGAGGUCAGUCAUACCCUCAGGACGAGGAGACCAGGGCUUUGUUCCACCCUCAUCUCUCUGCCAGCCCCACUGUGUUGGGAAGCAGUACUACAACAAAUGAGGGAGGUCUGGGUAUAUGAACCUGAACCCAGAGAGAAGGGACAGUCAAAAGUAUAUGUAUUUGUUACCGAAUCAGUCAGUCAGUCAUUCGUUGAAACCCUCAGUUGCCUUGUUCUAACCCUUGCUCUUUGAGCACUGAAUGUUAUCAUCUUAGAUUGUGUGGAUUUCUACUGAAGUGGCCAGUCAUUUCUAGAUCUAGAGAAUCAAGUUCAUUCCUGUGGCCGCAAACGUCUCCGUGUCAAACUGUGCUACCAUAUAGCACUGAGACAACGAGUUUUUUUUUGAAACUGGAAGUAGAAUGAGGUUGGUAUUGGCAUCGUUUUGGAGACUGUGUGCUACCAUCAAGGGUUAGUGACCCCCUUUUUAGUCUCCAUCUUUUGUACGAGAUCUAUCUACACGUAUACAUUUCAGUAUAUGUGGGCACAUGAAUACUGACUGCCUAUAAAGCUUCAACCACCAACUCAAACAGGUUGUAUGGACAUAGCUAUACCAAAACAGAAAGACAUGAUUGUUUUUAGUG